UCUCUUUUUUUUUUGUUAAGCCAAAAGAGGUACGCAACGAAAAAAAAGUGACGCUGUAUAAGUAUCUUCUUGGAAGCAUUACAACAUACACCCACCAUCCCUCUCGCUCCCAACUCCGAGCUCACUCCAAGCCAUGGCCUCUUCAUGGUCGCUCUACUCCUUCGCCUCGCCUCCUCUCCUCCUCCCUUCGCGCGGCGAGCCAAGAACAAGAGAAUCCGACGGCUUCUCUCGGGUGCUGCGCUGCGCCCUCGGCUCCCGGACGAGGAAGGCCGGCGCUUGGAGCAGUUCUCCCUUCCUCAUCAUCUCCUCCGCCACCGCCGGCAGGGCCGCUGUCAAGGCGGCGCCUCCCCCGAAGAAGCGGCACUGGAAGGAGGGGGAGUUCCCGGGGGUCUCAGAGGCCGCGGUCUCCAAGCCUCCCAGGACUCCCAUCAAGAACGUCAAGAAGAAGGUCAAUGACCGUGUGAGGAAGGCCGGCGCUUCGAGCAGCUCUCCCUCCAUCACCACCUCCUCCGUCGCCGCCGGCAGGGCCGCUGUCAAGGCGGUGCCGCCCCCGAAGAAGCGGCACUGGAAGGAGGGGGAGUUCCCGGGGGUCUCGGAGGCCGCGGUCUCCAAGCCUCCCAGGACUCCCAUCAAGAACGUUAAGAAGAAAGUCGAUGACCGUGCGGCCGCCAAGGCCUGGGUGAGCACCGUCACGGAGGCCCUCGCCGAGAAGAUCCAGAAGAAGCAGUGGCAGGAGGCCCUCGAGGUGUUUGAGAUGCUCAAAGAACAACCCUUUUAUUAUCCAAAAGAAGGCACAUAUAUGAAACUCCUGAUCCUACUUGGAAAAUCAGGUCAAGCCUACCAAGCACAGGAACUCUUUGACAAUAUGGUGGAAGAGGGAUUGCAACCCACUUCUGAACUUUACACAGCCUUGCUAGCAGCUUACUGUAGGAGCAACCUCCUUGAUGAAGCAUUUUCAGUCCUCAACAAAAUGAAGACCUUGCCCCUUUGUCAACCAGAUGCCUAUACAUACAGUACACUGAUAAAAGCAUGUGUGGAAGCUUCCCGAUUUGAACUGGUUGAUUCCUUGUAUCAGGACAUGUGCGACCGCUCAAUAACCCCAAACACAGUCACACAGAACAUAGUUCUUAGUGGUUACGGAAAGGCUGGAAAAUUCAAUGAGAUGGAGAAAGUUCUUUCUGGGAUGCUUGAGAGUACUGCUUGCAAACCAGAUAUCUGGACUAUGAAUAUCAUUUUAAGCUUAUUUGGCAACAGAGGUGAGGUUGAUCUAAUGGAAAAAUGGUAUGAGAGAUUCCGCGGGUUUGGAAUUGAACCAGAAACACGCACUUUUAACAUUCUGAUUGGUGCCUAUGGAAAGAGACGAAUGUAUGACAAAAUGACAUCAGUGAUGGAAUACAUGCGGAGGCUCGCAUUUCCAUGGACUACCUCUACUUAUAAUAAUGUGAUCGAGGCCUUUGCAGAUGUAGGUGAUGCAAAAAAUAUGGACCAUGCGUUCAAUCAGAUGCGUGCUGAGGGGAUGAAAGCUGAUACCAAGACCUUCUGUUGUCUGAUUAAAGGGUUCAGUAAUGCUGGUCUCUUUCAUAAGGUAGUGAGCAGCAUUCAGUUAGCUGAAAGGCUGGAGAUACCAACUAACACCUCAUUCUAUAAUGCUGUGAUAUCUGCAUGUGCAAAGGCAGGAGAUCUGAUGGAGAUGGAGAGGGUGUUCAAGCGUAUGAAGGAUAGGCACUAUACUCCAGAUUCCACAACAUAUUCUAUCUUGGUGGAUGCAUAUAGGAAGGAAGGAAUGACUGACAAGAUUUAUGAUUUGGAACAGGAGAAUCCAAAGAUGUUUGGGGUUGAUCUUUUAGCUAAAUGAAGGUGCUUGGUGCUGCAACCUUGAGGUCAAGGAUUGAACCAAACCUUAAACCUUUCCGGAAUGAUACAAAGAUACGAUGCUUCUACUGGAACUGCAGGACUGGUAUAACGAAGAAUGUAGAAUGCCAUCUUGAUCCCCAGCUUUUACUCCAUGGACUUGCUCUUAUCGGGUUUAACCUCCUUUAUCAAUGCUAGCAGCUGCAGGGCCAAAUGAAAGAUCAAGAGGAGGACAUAAUUCGGUAUUCCACUUCAGAGAUUAAGCCCUUCCUGUCACUGCCCCUUGAUUUUUGUACAAUGUAUGCAUGUAAAGAAUUAUGGAUAUUUGUUGGUCAAAAUUUUGUUUAUGUUGAUUAGUUUUUGUGGCAUCAUUCCA